AUGACCUGCAAAGGUCCAAUAGGAGGACGUGAGAAGAGAAAGUGGAUCAACAAACCUCUUCAGCUUUAUGUUGUCAACUUGUCAUGGCCUUAUCCUAAUAAACAGCAAUUCGGAUCCCUAAUAAAAACCCACUUCCGGUUCUUCAAAAACCCUACAAACCGCGAAAAACUCGCACAAACCGUAAGUCUGCUCUCUGGGUUCCGGGGCGAAUCGAAACCUCAAACCCAAACCGUACCCAAGUCCAACGAGAUGCCGGAACCCGUUCCUGGAAUGAACGGCGCCGUUGAAGUGCCCCUACCGAAGAGUGUUACGGUGUUCGAGUUUGGGUCUGUAGCUGCUACUGCAGAUAAGUUUACGUUAGCUGGAUUUAGCCUUGUGUUCGACGAGCUCGAGCCUUGCCGCUGGGAAAUCCUGCCCCCCAAUGGAUCCUACACUCCCCAGUUUCGCGUCGUUUUUUGACACUGAAUUUUAGAGAUUAUUGUAAUUUUGGUUAAUGGAAAUACAUUAUUCUUAUGAAUUUUAGAAAUCUGCAUCUUAUAAGCACUGUUUCAUGCAUUUGAUCCUCUGUUAUGUCCUAUGGCUCUUCAAAUUGAAUAGCCCUUUUCUCAAA